AUGUCCGCUCUCCUGACCAACAAGCCUCUCCUCGGGCCCCUCGUCGGCCUCAACGUCUGGACUUUCGCCAUUGAAGUUCUGUUGUACAAACGCAGAAUUCCCGCUCUUUCGAAAUAUGGUGUUACGUUCGAUCCAGCAACUGUCAAGAAGCAGAAAGCCGAGAAAUUGCCAGCUUUCGUCCAAUGGCCGGCUGACAACUUCAACAAUCUCUUAGAACAACCCACUCAAUUUUAUGCCGUCGUUCUCGGCUUGAGUCUUUUGGACGUCAAGGACAAGCGCACGGUUGGGUUGGCGUGGGCGUAUGUAGGUCUGAGAGUGGUACACAGUCUUAUCCACGUUUCUACCAACAACCCUAGCGUCCGCUUCCCAGUCUGGCUUGCAAGCUCCUUCGCAGUAGCAGGACUUACAGCUCAGGCAGCCUGGAAGCUUCUUUUCUAA